AUGUUCUGGAGGAAAGAUGGAGAGGAGCUUCAUGAGGACGCGGACAAAGGAGAGAUCCUCCCCAACCAUGAUGGAACCUUCCAGAUGAGUGUUGACCUGAGCAUCUCAUCAAUCGCUCUUGAAGACUGGAAGAAGUACGACUGUGUGUUUCAGCUGUCUGGUGUCAAAGACGACAUCAUCACCAAACUGGACAAAUCAGUGAUCAGGACUAACUGGGUUCCUCCAUCAGGGUUUCCUGCUGGUGCUGUCAUUGGAGUAGUUGUAGGUCUGCUGCUGCUGUCGCUCUGCAUUGCUGGACUCUUCAUGUGGAGAAAGAAGACUAACGGGUUCAGACCUGCUAACAGUAAGAUUUUCUGAUAUUUACUGUAGAUCUGUAAUCACUCUGAUCUUUGCAGUCUUGUCUGUUGGAUUUUAAACUCAGACUUUGUUUGGUUUUCAGCCUAAGAUUCUGCAGACAGACAUUCAGAUCUUAACUGAUCACAGUGAGUACGUCCUUCUUUUAUCUACGUGUGGCCUGGUCAUAAAAUGACAGGACCGGACACAGAAUAAUUUUUAUGUGGGUUUUUAUUGCCCGACUGGACCCAUACAAAAAUGAGAACAGCGUUAAUAUUAUUCACUGAGGAUUGUAGAU